GAGUCUUUGUCGACGCGUAACCAGGCUCAGGCAAGGCUACACCUGUGCUGCUCAUCGGAGGACCUGGCCUGCACAAGCACAGCGACGAAGAGGCAAAGCAGACAGAGAGCGACAGAGCCAUGGUGGCAAUCACAUCACCGAGCGGCCUGCUUGCGCUGCUCAACGACAGCAAUGUCGAGCUACAAUCCUUUGCGCUCACAAAACUCAAUGAGAUCGUGGACGCGAGCUGGCCAGAGAUCUCAGAUGAUAUCACAAGCUUAGAAAUCCUUUAUGAAGACGAGUCGUUUGCAAACCGCAGACUAGCAGCGUUGGUGGCGUCCAAGGUCUACUACCAUCUAGGUGAGUACGCACAAUCAACAGACUACGCAUUGGGUGCAGGCGACUUGUUUGACCUCAAAUCUCAUGAUGAGUAUGUUGAGACAAUCAUUGCACACUGUAUCGAUUCAUUCAUUGCAGAGAAUGCCGCGCGUUAUAGCGAGGGCGACAAGGCUGGCAAGGCAGAUAGCCGCUUGUCCGAGGUGGUGUCUACAAUGCUGCAGCAGUGUUAUCGAGACAAAGAGUUCAAGCAAGCCAUUGGUAUUGCUCUCGAAUCAAAGAGGCUUGAUAUUCUGGAGACAAUCAUCGGCGAGAGCAAAGACGACAACUUGCUGCCAUACAUUCUCGAGACUUGCAUUGCUACGGUCUCAGACCUGAAGUUUCGCGACGAGGUGACGGCUGCAUUGCUCGAGCAUCUCAACAACCAAAUGCGACCUGACUAUCCAAAUAUCAUCAAGUGCAUCGUCAUGCUGGACGACGAUGCCAAAGCUCUCAAAAUUCUACUGGCUUUGAGUGCUGCCGCAUCGGACAAUGGCAAGGAAGAUGAGCUGGCAAUUGCCAAUGUGUACCAGUGUGCUUUUGACAUUGAAGCAAUGGCGACACGCUCAUUCUUAAGCUCCCUCAUCUCAAAACUUCAGGCCGAGGAUGGGCACGAACAAGAUGAGGGCUGCGCGGCUAUUCGCAAGAAUCUCGUACUCAUCCUUUCGGGCACGAAAACUAUUCAGCUUCACCUGGAGUUCCUCUACCGCAACAAUCAUGCUGAUAUUGCAAUACUCGAUAAGAUUAAGAACUCACUUGAAGCGCGCAAUUCCAUCUUUCAUUCGGCAGUCACGUUUGCCAAUGCCUUCAUGCACGCAGGUACUACCUCAGACGGUUUCUUUAGGAACAAUCUUGAUUGGCUCUCAAAGGCGUCAAAUUGGUCAAAAUUCUCAGCAACAGCGGCUCUCGGCGUUAUUCACAAGGGUAAUCUCAACCAGAGUAUGACAUUGUUGGGGCCAUAUCUCCCUCAAGAAGGUGCCAAUGGUAGUGUCUACUCUGAGGGCGGCAGCCUGUACGCACUCGGCCUCAUUCACGCCAACCACGGUGCAGAAUCUCUGCCAUUUUUGACGGAGCAAUUCGCUCGCGCGACAGAGGAAACUGUCCAGCAUGGUGCGGCUCUGGGUCUUGGUGCAGCUGGGCUUGCUACGUGCGAUGCUGAUUUGUACGACAGACUACGAACUGUACUGUUUCACGAUAGUGCGGUUGCUGGUGAAGCUUGCGGACUGUCAAUGGGUCUUGUGAUGCUGGGAACCGGCAAUGAAGACAAAAUUGACGAAAUGCUGCAAUAUGCACAUGAAACACAGCACGAGAAAAUUAUUCGUGGUCUUGCGAUGGGUAUUGCCAUGAUGCUGUAUGGUUGCGAACGCGCAGCAGAUGCAUACAUUGAGCGACUUGUGACCGAUGACAACCCCAUCUUGCGUCAUGGCGGUAUCUUUGGUAUUGCCAUGGCUUAUUGCGGUACCGGCAACACAGCAGCAACAGAGAAACUCUUGCACUUUGCUGUGUCUGAUGUACAUGACGACGUGCGCAGAGCUGCCGUCAUGUGUCUUGGUUUCGUCAUGUUCAAGAAUCCACAAGGCUUGUGCCGGACCAUUGACUUGUUGUAUGAAUCGUACAACCCGCACGUCCGCUACGGUGCUGCCAUGGCUGUGGGUAUUGCAUGCGCUGGCACAGCGUUGCCGGAAGCCUUGGAUAUCCUCAACCCCAUGACGCACGAUGCCACUGAUUUCGUUCGUCAAGGUGCGUAUAUUGCCACUGCCAUGGUCUUGAUUCAGCACAAUGACCAAACCAACCCAGAGAGUGUAGAACUUCGCAAGCUCUACUCGGAUGUCAUUAGCAACAAGCACUCAGAUGCAGUGACCAAGUUUGGUGCGGCUGUAGGAUCGGGCAUCCUGGAUGCAGGUGGCCGCAACGUCACUUUACGCCUACAGUCCUACUCGGGUGGCAACAAUAUGCCUGCUGUGGUGGGUAUGGCCAUCUUUACACAGCUGUGGUAUUGGUUCCCACUUGGUCACUUCUUGUCACUUGCCUUUACACCCACUGCCAUGAUUGGUGUCAACAAGGACUUGAAUGUGCCUGCGAUGGUCUUUCGCUCAAAUGCAAUGCCCAUCAUGUUUGCGUAUACGCCAGAGACACCAAAAGAGGAUAAGAAGGCUGCGGAAAAGGUGGAGACGGCUGUGCUUUCUACGACAAUGAAGGCCAAGGCGCGCGCAAAGAAGCAGGAAAAGGAGAAGGAAGAUGCGAUGGAGACGGAUGAAAAAGCAGAGACGCCUGCGCCGGAGCCUGAGUCUAUGGAUACAGACAAAGCAGCGGAAGAAGGAGAGAAGAAGCCAGACGCCACAGAGACUGCUGAAGGUGAAGCAGACGCGGACACGGCCGAAGGCACAGCGCCCAAGAAGGAACCUCUCUACGAGAUCUUGGGCAACAUGUCUCGUGUUGUGCCGUGGCAGUUGAAGCACAUCCACUUCAAGUCAGACGCACGCUACUACCCUGCGCGCAAACCUGCUGGCGGAAUCUUGUUCCUGCGCGAUCGUCGGCCAAAGGAAGAAGAGUCAUUGCUGGACAUGCAGAUUGACCAGUCACCGCCUGCCCCUCCUGCAGCGGCCGCUGGACCAGAUUCGGCGAUGGAAGUGGAUGAUGAGGAAGAGGCGCCCCUGCCGUUGCCGUUUGACUAUGAUGGCCUCGAAGACGAGGCGUAGGUUCGUGUCAUGUACUCAUUGAACUAGAUUAGCAUGAUGACUGCUGCUGCUGCUUUCUCCCUUUGUGAACUUUGAAAACAUCCAAGAUAGCAAUUGCACACACGAGAUACACAUAAAGGAGCGGCCCGGGCGGCUUGCGCACCUCUCGACAUU